CAUUGUUGCACGCAUUCGAAAUUCGAAUUAUUGAAAAGUGAAAAAAAAACACAAAUAAACACAAAUAAACAAACUGUGUUCGUAGUAUGUGCGUCGGUUUCUAAAAGAAAGUGAAAAGCCAGCGCUGACAGAACGCAGUGUUAAGCGUUAAGCGUAAAGUGCGCCGCCUAAUGGCCGUCAACGUGCAGCGCCAGGACCAGCCUCCGCCUCACCCGCUCUCAGCUAAUCGAGCUGGCCGCGUGCCUCUGCCUCUCCAUGGCUGCGUGCUUGCAACACGCACGACUUGCAUUGCAGCCCAUUUUUAUUACAAUUCUUGCAUCUAAGGCAAUUACGAUGACUUUGAGCUUAAGAGAAGAUUCUCACCUAAGAUAUCGCAUUUAACCAAUUAUUUAUAGCCUCUACAACUAUACGAAUUAAGAACUCAACAUUAGAAGUAGGAAACAGCUCAACCAGCAGAUGGCCCGUCUGUAAAAACUCUUUUAGAUCAGUUAAAAUUUAAAUUUAUGCAUGAUCUAUUAUAAUAAGACUCACCAAAUCUUAAAAGUUCUGCUAGUUGCACUUCUUAAACAUAGUCAAACUUAUGAAAGUAAUUGCUUAAAUGCAUAAUUCUCAUUUGGCUUAAAAAAACUCCUUCUUAAUAUAUACUGUAGCCACAAUUAUCCUUACAUUUGCCACAAUACAUUACCAGACCUAGAGUCUAAUCUAAUCUAGUAUUAUAUAUGAAAUGAGUUAAAUGUCGUGCGUGGACACGCGCCCAUCUCUGGCAGCCAAGCGGCACUGAUCCACAGCAGCGGGCACAGUCAUUCACAAGUUUUGAUGCUAAACAAAUAUGACUAAUUAUGGAGGAACUGAGACUGGCGCGCACUAAACAGUGCCACAUAAUGCGAUCGUCGUCUUCGUUUCGACGUAGAUGGGCAGUCCGACUACGACUCCGAGUACGACUCCAACUGCCUCCAACCCCUCUCUUUCCCAAGUGGCCAGUAACCAGUAACCAGUAUAAACACACACAAACCCAAACAGAAACACAAAUACAAAGCAACACCCGCAAUUUCGCCAAUUCGUGGAAAAAGAAACAAAGUAAAAAAAUACAAAAUAAAACAAAAUCAUGCAAUUGCAAUUGCGAACUGUAUGAAUGAAAUUCGUUUUACGCGACAAUCGCUCUUCAUCUCUACCUCUACCUCUCCCUCUCUCCACUCCUCCCUCCCUAUCCUCAACAUCAUCUUCGCUGUCGUCGUCGUAGUUUUCACGGUAUUUGGCCAUAGCAACUCAACUCCCUCCCCAUUCCCACGCAGCUCUGGUGGCAGCUGCACAGUGGAAUUGCGGCAACCAGCAGCUGCAUGGCAAACACUUAAGUCAAGUUGAGCAGCAUGUGAAGACCCUUCGCUGGGGCAAUGCGCCCGUCAGUCUCAUGGCUGAGGAUUUUGCCACGGCUCUGAGUGUGCUGCCGCCGGAGCAGCAUUGCAUCACCUCCUGCAUGGCCAACUAUCAAUCGCAGGCCUGCAACUUUGCCGACAAGUAUCGAGUGCCCAGUGUCUUUACCAGCUACGCGGAACUCGCACGCUCUCCCAGUGUUGACGCCGUUUACAUAUAGCCGUUGAAUCAGAUGCAGUGCGAGCUAUGCCACCUGAUGCUCAACCACGAC